GACUUCCAUGUGAACCAUGAACAUUAAACAUGGAGAAAUGAGGAGCGGCAGCAGAUCGCUUUGGGAUGCAUCUUCAGGGGAUGCUGAAACAACAACAGCAUUUGGUUUGCUCUACACCCCAUCAACCCUCACCCGCAAGCCCAGGGAGUGGUCACCAGUGGGGCUUUGUGAUGUCCAAGCCACCCUAGGGCUGCCAUUGACUGGGACACUGCCUGUAUGACCAAACAAAGCUCAAGGGUGUGGCUUUGCCUUGUCACCAGGAGAGUAUAUAUAGGAAGUGCAAGGGCUUUGGGCCAUCUCACUGGGAAGAUUCAAAAGCUACAAAAGCCUACUGUAGACAAAAAGAUAGUACAUACUAUGGAUGACGAACAUCCCAGCACCAGUGGGGAGAAGAGGAAGAGCCCCUGUGACACCAACUACCAAAAUGAGGAGACGCAGGAGACACCACAGGGGAACUCAGCCCCCCAACCAGAGAGGGACUCAGCCCCCCAACCAGAGAGGGACUCAGCCCCCCAACCAGAGAGGGACUCAGCCCCCCAACCACAGGGGACCUCAGCCCCCCAACCAGAGAGGGACUCAGCCCCCCAACCAGAGAGGGACUCAGCCCCCAAACCAGAGAGGGACUCAGCCCCCCAACCACAGGGGAACUCAGCCCCCCAACCAGAGAGGGACUCAGCCCCCCAACCACAGGGGGACUCAGCCCCCCAACCAGAGAGGGACUCAGCCCCCCAACCACAGGGGAACUCAGCCCCCCAACCAGAGAGGGACUCAGCCCCCCAACCAGAGAGGGACUCAGCCCCCCAACCAGAGAGGGACUCAGCCCCCCAACCACAGGGGAACUCAGCCCCCCAACCAGAGAGGGACUCAGCCCCCCAACCAGAGAGGGACUCAGCCCCCCAACCACAGGGGAACUCAGCCCCCCAACCAGAGAGGGACUCAGCCCCCCAACCACAGGGGAACUCAGCCCCCCAACCAGAGAGGGACUCAGCCCCCCAACCAGAGAGGGACUCAGCCCCCCAACCACAGGGGAACUCAGCCCCCCAACCAGAGAGGGACUCAGCCCCCCAACCAGAGAGGGACUCAGCCCCCCAACCACAGGGGGACUCAGCCCCCCAACCAGAGAGGGACUCAGCCCCCCAACCACAGGGGACCUCAGCCCCCCAACCAGAGAGGGACUCAGCCCCCCAAACAGAGAGGGACUCAGCCCCCCAACCAGAGAGGGACUCAGCCCCCCAACCACAGGGGAACUCAGCCCCCCAACCAGAGAGGGACUCAGCCCCCCAACCAGAGAGGGACUCAGCCCCCCAACCAGAGGGGAACUCAGCCCCCCAACCAGAGAGGGACUCAGCCCCCCAACCACAGGGGGACUCAGCCCCCCAACCAGAGGGGGACUCAGCCCCCCAACCACAGAGGGACUCAGCCCCCCAACCACAGAGGGACUCAGCCCCCCAACCACAGAGGGACUCAGCCCCCCCAACCACAGAGGGACUCAGCCCCCCAACCACAGAGGGACUCAGCCCCCCAACCACAGAGGGACUCAGCCCCCCCAACCACAGAGGGACUCAGCCCCCCCAACCACAGAGGGACUCAGCCCCCCCAACCAGAGAGGGACUCAGCCCCCCCAACCAGAGAGGGACUCAGCCCCCCCAACCAGAGAGGGACUCAGCCCCCCCAACCAGAGAGGGACUCAGCCCCCCCAACCAGAGAGGGACUCAGCCCCCCAACCAGAGAGGGACUCAGCCCCCCAACCGGUUCUUAAAAAAAUAAGAGUAAAGGUUCGCUACAGGAACGUUAAGAAAAUAUAUUCAACUCAGCUGGAGAACCACUGAGAGAACGCAAUCAAUCCAGUGCAGACAUACGAAGAGAUGAUGGAGGUGGAUGUGGAAACACCUGCCAAGGAGUAAGAAGACCCAUCAGUGCAGGCAGAAGAUCCAUAACAAUCUGAAGGAUCGUGAGCAGCUGGGGAGCGGUGGUGAAACAUGGAGAAAUUGGACAAAUCCUCACCACCAACGGCUAUGAUAAUAAUAAAAUGAAGUUUGAG